UGAUGACGCCAGGCUCAGACAGUGUGCAUUUCCCGCCAGACGAGCUGGGCGCCUUGUUGUGUGAGUCCUGGUCAUGGCCGAGCUGUACGAAAGCCCGCGGGUCCGUAUUAAUAGCAGCAUGCUGGCUCAGCACAUAGGAAAGCCCGUGUGCUUUGUGGGCCGGGUGGAGAAGGUGAAUACAUUACACUGUCAUCAAAUCACUAAGGGCUUCUACAGCUCUACAUAUAUUAUGGAGAUAUCCUCUCCCCAAAAAUCUCCCCAAGGAAUACUAUAAAAAAAUGUGUGUGUGUGUAUAUAUAUAUUUGUGUAUGUAUUUGUGUGUAUGUGUGUGUGUAUAUAUAUAUUUGUGUAUGUAUUUGUGUGUAUGUGUGUGUGUAUAUAUAUAUUUGUGUAUGUAUUUGUGUGUGUGUAUCUAUAUAUAUUUGUGUGUGUGUGUAUAUAUAUAUUUGUGUGUGUGUGUAUAUAUAUAUUUGUGUGUGUGUAUAUUACACACACACACACAUCUCUUAAAAUUCCAAGUGCUAUGGCUUUAAGAGUUACUUGUCACUACAAGUCUGGAGCGGUCCAUGUCUUACCAGCCAGGGCUCAAUUUUCACUUGCUAUUUUUGAGUGGAAAUUUCUAGACGUGUAAAUAUAUAAAAUAAAUGUGUAUUUUGCAUUUAUUUAUGAAGUUACUGUGUAUGGACAUAGCAUGGUAGAUUGUGCUGGUAUUUAUUUAAAUUAUCUACCCACAGCAGUUCUAAACAAAUAUAAAGAAAGCCUUAAAGUGACCAGAUAAACACCCUAAGAAACCAUGCUCCUGGAGGCAGGUGCUUAAUCUGCUUACUGGAAAAUCCAUCAGUGGGUACAGCCCCUAAUCUUGUUACAGUAUUGUGCCUCACUAUUUACAAUCUCAGAAUGUUACUACAUUUUGUGUGCACACCACUUAUUUAUAAAUAUACACAUUUUGUACAGCAUCAUCCCUUAAUGACUGCAUGACAGUCUUUGCCAGGGUAGACAACCUUCAGCACUACAUUUCUCAUGAUGCUCUACCAGCCAUAAUGCUGGCAAACGCCUGUCUAUGCCAUCAUGCAGUGUAGGGCAAAGGUGAAUUUAACUUGCCUGAACAUGUCCUCUCCUGUGGACCCACCGCUAUCUUCCAGCAAGUCGUCUUCUGCUCAUGACACAUGAGCACCAGAAGCUGAUGUCACAGUGUUUCAUUAAAUAGCUAGUGGGAUGUACACUUUCUAGAAAUAUAUAUAUAUAUAUAUAUAUAUAUAUAUAUAUAUAUAUUUUUUUUUUUUUUUGUGGAGCAUGUUUGUGACUGCUAUUAAUGUUAUAUCAGCAUGCCAAAUUUUGCAAAUGUUUAUCUUUAAAACCAAUUAAAUUCCUUGCAAUAUUUGUUUUAUAAGUGAAAUAAAUUUAAAUUCUGGACAUAUUGGGCAUUUUGGCAUCUAUUUUGAGUAUUUUCUUUUCUUGAGUAGCACUUGUGUGGAAAUUCUUAAAUGCUUAAAACGUAGAAUGUUUGGGAUUUUUGUUUUCAUUGUAUUUUUUAAUGUUAUUGAUAUUUAAUGUUUAUAUAUAUCUCUCUAUCAUAAUCUCAUUUGGAAAUGAAAUAUGUAUGGGUGAAAUUGUGGUAAAAUUAAAGCAUGGCAAAAGUGCCAAAAAAGACAUUGGUUACAAAUUUGCCCCAUAAGGACCAAGGAGGCAAAGUACCAGUGCUCUUCAAACGCAUCUAUACAAAGUAAGUCGGAAACUGCACAGAUUGUUUAUAUACUGAUAAGUAAAAAAUAUUGUUACAUUACACACCGAGUUGGGUUAACUGCUAUCAUUAAGUUAAUUGAAUGGUAUAUGUCUUAGUCUAACAUGCUCUUUUCCCAGAGACUGAUAAAUCAAUUUAUUCCCCCCCCCAAAAAUUUUUUAAAUACCCUUUGAGGUUAUAGCUCAGGAGACAUGUUACUUAAAACUUGUAAUGCUACACUGGCAGUCAUGAUUUCCAUGUUUAUUAUAGUUUAUCAACACAGGUGUUGUAUCACUGAUUCAUUUGCGUUUUACUGUAGGUUCAUCCUUCUGGAACAUCACUUGUACUAUCAGAUGGAGCUGGCAAAAAUGCAACUGUUGAACUUUCUGAACCAGUAUGUAUAACGGUUUGCUCUUUGGCACCCCUUUUUAAUUUUAUUUUAAUAUGUAGCUGCAUGGAAGGCUUAGUCCACAGCAGAUUGGGUGUUAUUGGUUCUUCAUUUGUAGUAAACAUCCGGUUAAGGAAUUUGCUCCACAUUGUGGAAUGUAUUGGUUCCGCCGAUUAAUAGCAUCAACAUUUGGCGUAUUUCUGAUCAACGGUAUCUGUCUUGUAAUUUACUGCCAUUACUGAACUUACAUUUCCCAGUCACAGCAAGCCAUCUUCCACAUCUGGAAACACCAGCUGUUCAGCUCAAGGUAGGGAGGUGAGACAGUAUUGGGCUGGCUGACUAAAAGUGAUAGGAAUGCAAUUGCACUUCUAUCAGUAACCGCACUGUACAUGCUAUGAACUCUGUGAUCCCAGUUUGUACUAGCUGCCUGAGAGUGGUAGGAGUGCGAUUGCUGUCAUCAUUUUCAGUACAUGCCAAAUUUGUGUAGAAAUUUUUUGCUUUUUCAAAACAUUAAAUGUACAGAAUCAGUAAUCUGCUUGAGACUUGACUAUUUGUCUGUAUUGGCAUGGGCUCUGGAAAAAUAUUGGUUGACAGUUGUGAUGUAUGUCAGUACUGCAGUGAUUCUCAAGCCACUUUUAACCCCUUCAUGCUGGCAAUUGUGUGUACACGAUUGCCAAGGUAUGCAUCCAUACCUGCAAUUCUGUGUCCACGAUUUGCGUAACUGGAAAUUAAAUUUAAUGCAGACAAAUUUUGUGUGCAUAUUAUUCCUUUAACUAGUUCAGAAACUCAUCGUACUUCAGAACUUUGGAGGGAAUAUAUGGAAGUGCAUAUGCUUCUACUGUGGUUUUUGUGUAGAUUCCAGACUUUAUUAAACAUCUGGAGCAUAAUAAACAAUGAAUAGUUUGCAUUUGGAAAUGCUGCAGAGAUAAAUGUCUUACAUUAAAAAAUGCUUUGGUUUUGUUUAUUCCUUUGAAGAACUGCCACUUUGUAAAUACAUUUUUACUAUAAAUCUGUUACUGUGAUAUGUUUUAGCUACAAAUGUUUGUGUGUCUGUGUGUAUUUAUACUACUGGUGCUUAUUUAUUUUUUGCAUUAAUUUAGUUAGAUGAAGAACUUUCUGGCAUUGUGGAAGUUGUCGGAAAAGUAACUCCAAAAGCGACCAUAAUGGGUAUAUCAUAUGUCAUAUUUAGAGAAGAUGGAAACACAUUUGGUGAGUAAAUAAUUUUAAAAAAUCCUGCUAAAUUCACUAGCACUCAUAUCCUGGGUACUUUCACAUAGUGUAUAUAUUCCAGAGGAUACAAACUAAAUUAUUUUUGGCACCUGGAGUUAGGACAAGUGGAUGUGUUUGAUCGUAAAGCAAGGUGGUAAUAAUGCAUGAUAAAGAUCAGGGAAUGCAUAGAUGCUGUACUAUCUUUAAAUGUGAUUUUCAAUGUUAAAGCACAGUGAUGAAAUGCAGGAGUCUCUCUUGCUUCUGUUUUUCAAUCUAGUUUAAAUUUCUGUGACCCGCACUUUCAUAUUAAACUGCUCGAAAAACAAAACACACGCACAUGUAAUAUGUGUGCAUGUGCUGAUUUUAUUAAUGGGCACAUGAUUUUUUUCCCCCUGGCUGUCACUCAGCAGGAGGUUUUUGUUCCCCUUCCUUUAGCAUCACAGUUCUUGCCCAGUACAUCUGCUUUUUCCCCUUCUCAAAAAGCUGUAUUACAGUUCUUUGGGAGGCAUUGAAAAGCUGCGCAUGCUCACGGUUCCAUCACUGGUCAUUUCCCUGGCCUGGAGGGUUUUGCAAAGGCUUCAGACAGGAUAUCACCAGCUAUCACAUAUGUAUUUUUAUUUAUUUGAAGGUGGCAUAAUAGUGUUUUCUUUUGGGGUAUUUCGAUUAAACAAACUUUUUCCACACAGACAGUGGCAGUACUACAGCAUGGGAUUUUUGCUUGCAUAAACCAUCCUGGACAGGCAACAUAAGUCUAAACCGUUUUAAUAAAUAUGUUUUAGUAGCAUCCUAAACUCCCCCCCCUUAUGGGUAUAGAACCCAAAUUGUCUGCCUGUCCUUCCAGGGAACAGGUUUUAGGUUGCAUUUGUCCCUUUGUUGUUUUUCUUAAAUGUAGUAGGAUAAUCUGCGGGUGCAGACAGGUAAGAUUCUGGCUGGGGAGCCUGCAUGAUCUUUGAGGCCCUCUGAUCAAGCAGACUCUGUGGUUGUGGCACUUUAGAUGCUGCAGAACAUUUGCGUUUCACCGUCGAUACGCUUGCAUGCAUACGCAAACGGAUCAGGGAGUGUUCCUGGUGGCAAAAUCUGACAUUUCACAAAGUGCACUGGAGAGGUAUUUUUAAGCUAAGAAAUAUUGGUGAAAAGUCCAUUUUGAGACACUAUAGACAAGAAGUCAAACUUAUUUGAGAAGAUUUUUGAAGGUUGUAAAAAAUUUGGAAAAAGCAUUUGAUAAGAACUCGGAUGAAGAUCCUUUUGAUUCAAUUACAAAACAUACACGUGGCUUCUGAGUUUCUCUGUGAUGUAAUGUUGAAGUUCAGCUGAGCUGUACAGUGAGUACAGGAGUGAGAAGCAGCUGCCUCCCCCAACUCCGGUGCUGGUAGGCCGUAAUGCAACACUCUGGGCUUCCGGCGGUUUCAGGCUCGGGUGACGUCUUGAACAACUUGUCUGUGGAACCCCGACGUGGAUAGUGCACUUUGGUAAGUUUGGCAGUUUGAGAGCAAUGGGUAUUACCCUGAAUGUAGCGAUAUGGAUGGUAGCUCAUGCAGCAUGAGUCCAAACAGCCUGAAGGUUAAGCUCCGCCCCCCAGGGCAAUUUUUUCAUCCGAUUCUAAAUCUAAAAUAAACAAAUACAUCUCAAAGAAAAAGAUCACAAUGGAAACUUUUCACUCGGCUGUACAUCUGAUCAGAGAAUUAGACUUCAUGGCUUCCCUGGAUGGAAAAGAUGCUUAUCUCUACAACUGCAUAGCAAUUCAGAGCAGAAGGUUAAGAUUUGCCAUAAGAAGAAAAAAUGAUUCUACAUUUUGAAUUCAGAGCAUUGCCUUGAGCCUCAUCUUCUCCAAGGAUAUUCACCAAGAUUCUUUGUCCUUACAGGUGCGCCAAGAGAGAAGGAUAUACACAUAGCUUUGUACCUAGACAAUUGGGUGCGAAUUGCAACAUCUACAGACCAUCUAAACAGAAAUAUUGUAGUAGUUUCUUCUAUCCUGGAUCAGCAGCAAAGAAAAAUUACAACUUACUUGGACCCCAAAAAUUAUGUUCAUGGAUAUCAUCAUAGAUUCCCUACAGAUGAAACUUCUUCUGCCCUCUUCUUUCUCAAUUGAACUUCACGCAAAUCUUCUAAAGGUAUGGGACAAGAAACUUUUUAAAUUGUUUUUUUUUUUUUAUUUAGGCUCAAGCAUUCAAAUUUGGCACUCAACAAAAGUUCAGCUCCUUUGGUAAGCUAGGGGAAGAUUUUUUGGCUUCUGGAGUAUCUUUUAGAGAGAAUGUAUCAUCUUGUCACCACAGAUGCUUCAAAUCCAUAUUGGGGGCACAUUAUAUAGACCUUUCGAGAAGAAAUCUUUGGAUUCUUCCAAAAUUUCAGACACUGGAACAUCAACCUACAGACAAAACCUUUUGGAAACUUGCAAACUGACAGCAUGGUUUAUAAAGAGAAAUCUUAAAAUCACAUGGCUUUGAUCAAAAGGUUAUAGAGCCAAGUAGUCUUGAAGCUCUGGAGAAUUUUUUUUUGUGUGAUUAUUUCAAAAUAUUAACCCUUUACAUGCCUCCUUUUAAAAUAUUUUGAGAUUUGCAGUUAGGCUUUGCUAAGGGCCUUAAGCCAGCCUCCAUUAAAGGAAAAUGUCAGCCAUCGGUUUGACUAAAGAAUUUAGCUUCCCAUCCCUUGUUGAUCAAAUUUGUUAAAGCUAUCAAUGAGGGAACACAUUGCUUCAUGGGAUUUAAAUUUAGUUUUGUCAGCAUUUAUGGCUGAGCUUUUUGAACCAAUGAGAGAUAUAUUGUUACACACGCAGCCUUUAAAGACUUUUUAUUUAUUUUUUUCUUCUGGUGACUAACAUAUUGUAGAACUAAAUUCAGUGGGAGCUAAAUCUCCUUCUCUUGUGUUUACACAGAUAAAGUUGUACUUGGAAUCCUACCUUUUUUUUCAGGCCAAAGGUUUCUUUUUCAGCUAAUAUGCAACAAAUUAUCCAGCCUAUGUUUUGUGAAAAUGCUGUUCAUUCACAAGAAAACGUUCUUCAUAAAUUAACUGUGAACAAUACUCUACAAAUUUUAUUUAGAAAGAACUUACUUAUUCAGAAAAUCUGUGCAUAACUUACUUUUUCAAGGUAUAAAUAAAGUGCAGCCUCCAAUGCUACUAUAUCAAGAUGGAUAAAAAAAAAGUUUAAAACCUUAUCUGGUUUAUGGAGCGAAUCCUCCCCUCUGCAUUAAAGUGCACUCCACAAAAGUUAUAUCUACGUCAUGGGCUUCUCACAUGUCAGCAAUUCACAUUUGUAAAGCAGCGACAUGGUCUUCAUUACAUGUUUCCUAAAGACUACUAAACACAUCCUUGCUUGUGAAAAUGCUUAAUUUUGUCAAAAAAGAACACCCUUCCUAUGUCUCUGCUGUAGUACUGCUGCUGGCUGGAAAACCAGAAUGUCUUACAUUCCAUUUGCCAUAGAUAUGUGCAACUUUCCCUCCCUAUAUUAAUAAAUUUUGUAUACAGUUGUGACUUUUUUUUUACUGCAGUUCUAUGUUGUGGCUCUGGCUUUAUACCCAAUAGAGGAGUAUAUGGUGGUAUUUAGCACAUAUAAAGUUUUAGACUUAGGCUGCCUGUCUCAGAAGGAUUAUGCAAGGAAAAAAGGUCUCCUGCUGUAUUACGGCCGUGAUCCUAUGUAGAAUGUAAUUUACGGUGGAUAAAUUCUGUUUUUGCUACUCCACUUCUGAUGUAUAUUUUGUUUUGCUUUUUAGAUUUGGGACUUUAUGAUGAAGCUUUGAAAGUAAUCCACGACUUUCCACAGUUCUACCCGUUUUGAGGAAUUUAACAAUAUUUGUUUCAAGAUAACUGUACAUUUUUGCUUUUCCUAGUAAAAUAUUUAUAAACUUUACACGUGUGACCUUAUACUAGACUAAAAGUUGUAACCAAAAAAAUACAAGCACAACAGAGAACACGAGACCUGCUUGUGCAGCUGUUUAACAUUCAUUGCUGGGGAAAAACUAGGAAGUGUUUGGAAGUGUUCUAUUUAUUUUACACAAUAAAAAGUGUAGAAUUAAAGGUGCUCUCCAGUCUAGAAUCCCACCCAGUUUUUAAAAUUGUUAUAUACAUUGUACAAAUAAGGGAUAGGCAAGCUUUUUAACACGGUUUCAAAACUCUUUGACGUCCCUUGGCAUGCCUUUUUUUUUUUUUUUCUUCAUGGAAGUUGAUAUUCUAUUUGGAUAUAGGCUAGUAUAUUGUGUAAAAUAAGUUGACUGUUCAUUACAUGUGGGCUGUUUGUGGCGGCCAGCUUCUUCUGCAACUCUAGCUGCUUGGGUGGCAGUAUUACUGAAAUUCGUAAAUAAAGGACUGCCCUUCAGCACCUGCUGUACAGUUGGCACUGGGAGUUAUCUGGAAAAAGUCCUACUUGAACCUCUGCUAGGGCAGCUCCAGAGGAGAUCCUCAGCUUGCUUACCCCUGCUAUAAAUCAUACCUUUAACACAUGCAAUCCAAAGUAAGAUUAAAACCAAUAAUACAGAUUUAUUGCAGAUGUAGGAUGUUUACAUUUUCUGUAGUUGGUAAUAUCCAGCUGAGUGGCAUUGGCCUGUUGGGAUGCUCUUCCCCCUGCCCCUCCCAAAAAAAUUAAAUCCUGCAUAUUAGUUUGAGAACUCUUACAGUGCACAACAGUAUUGCAUGUAUGCAGUGAUUUUUACAUUGGAGUGAACAAGUUACACUACCUACCCACCAUGAGUAUGAGACUACCAUUCACACUAAAGCUGGCUCAUAAGCAUAGUGCAAAUAUUAACUUAAUUCCAAGUUAUCCAAAUGUUUUAGAUGAUCAAUCGUUGCUUUUAUAGCAGGUCUUUACCAUUGUUAAUUAAAUGCAGCAAAUAUGGAAAAUGUUACAGUGUACAUAACUGCACCAUAUACCAAUGUGAAUUAUUCCGCUCUCCCUUGUUGUAUUAUGUAAAAUGUGUUAUCUAAUUCUCAUUCUUCACAUUUUCUGUUUCCAUCAAAGAUGGAAGAAUAAAAAAAAAUAUAAACUUUCCAUAGCCAUGCAGCUAUACUACCAACUCCUUACAGUCUAAACAUUGACAAAAGGGACCAUUUCUUCUGAUGUCAUUGCUAACAAUAGUAAGAGUCCAAAGAAGAAAUGAUAAAUCGGAACAAUCAAGCUAUUUUGAUUGAACAGUGCCUUUUCUGACUUCAGUUAUAAGUUGUCAAUCAUGUUGCCCCAAUAUCUUAGGGGAUGUUUUGUGGCUAUUUAAGCAGGUUUAUAUGGUUAAGGAACUUAGAAUGACUCUAAAAUCAUGUGUCUCUUGGUAUAUGGUUUUAUAAAUGAAGGUGCGUUUGAAUACAUUUUGAUUUAGAAGUUUAUAUUAGACUGUACAGAUAGUUAUCACUUGGUUCAUCCCUGCUAGUCUGGUUAAUUCAGUUCAUUAUAGCUAGAGUUUACCCAUUUCACAUGCAUAUACUGAACCAAAUUUGAAAGCACUUGCAGCAAAUAGCGGAGGGGAUUAAAAACAAACGCUUUAACUUAGCUGGUGCAUGCAGCAAGUGCUCAGGCUUUCGCUAUGCACGGGAUAAUUGUUAUUCACAGCAAAAUUAGUUGAAAGGGCAGAUUCACGUGAACACAAAUGUAUAAAAAGGUAAAAGAAAUAGUAACUUUAAUUUUCCCACCUCUGAUACUCUUGCCCCUGAGGCUGUACUACAACCAUUCAAGAAUAUACCAUGUGUAGUGUUUGUCUAGAACAUUGUCACUCAACUAAGUGCCCCCUGACACUUUGUCAGCAGUCUGGCUGUAAAUAUUAUGGGAAAUGUAGUCCACAACAUCUGGAAUGUUGACAGUUGCCUACCCCUGUUCUAGAAGAAUAAACUGGAGUGAUGUACUAGAGGAGCGUGGGGGCUUUCAUUUAAGUAUAAUAUAGGAACUAUGCAUGUUAAAAAGGAAACUUUAUUCAUAUAACCUUGCACGUCUUAUUUUGAAAUGUACACAUUUCAAAUAACUUCAGUGCAUUUCCUGAUUUACCCUUGUGUUGUAGUAAUACUUAAUCUGACUUUAUCAAAAACACAGAAUAUCUGACAAACACAGAAUUUCCAAAUGGCACUAUGGCAUGGUUACAGAACUUUGCAUUGUACAAGCAGAUACAUCUGACUAAAGAAGAGUAAGAACAUUCCGAACCAUAGAUAAAGGAUAAGCAAGAAUAAACAUUUCUAUAUUCAUUCCAAAACAUGGGAUAUUAUAUACAAUUGUUUUCAGGGAGGGUGUGCUCAAAAACCACUGUACAUAUUAGGAAGGACAGUGCAUGCAUGUUUUAUAGAAUGAAAAUAGCCAAUAAAGCACAGACAGACAUUUAACAGCCUUUAUUCUUGCCAUUUUCAUACGCCCUCCUCCCCCAGUGGGAGGGGAUAUUGUUACAAUUGGCAACUUUAUUAAUUACUUAACUAGUUCCACCUCCUCAAAUUACACACAAGGAGCCAAAUUUUCUAAAAACCAUCAUUAUUGGGCCAGAUAGAUAUGUAUAAAUAGAAAGACAAACACCAUAAUGGUAUAACGACAUGGAAAACACACUUUGUAUUCACUGGCCAAACAAUUGACAUGUUAAGCUUGUUUACUGUACCACUACACAUAUGACUCAAAUGGGUAUAGAUAUUUUUGAACUACAUAGGUCAUGUCUUUUGAAGCAAUGUUUCAAGUACAAGCGUGCCAUGGAUGUGAGCCAUGUGUAGAUUCAUAUGGAUAUUAUAAGCACCAACACCACUUUAGCUUAAUGAAAAUAUUUUGGUGUAUAGGUCAUGUCCCUGCAGUCUCAAAGCUAUGACUUUACAAGGUCUUUAAAUUCUGCUGUUUAUUGAACUUUAAAUCGCACACACAAGGGUCUAGCAGGCUAUUAAGAGCAGGAGACAAGUGUAAAAACUGCCAUAAAAGGAAGUUUCAAAAAGAGCAGCGCAGUGUGAGUAGGGCUGGUACGUGGAUUUAACCCCAAAAUAGAACAGAGCAGUGAAACUGUAGGGUUAUUACCGAUACAUCAAAAGCACUAUAUUAAGCUGAAGUUGUUUUGGUCCUUAGAGUCUUCUUUUAAUCACAUACUUCUUUUUAAGAGAAGUGGACAAUAUGUCUGAAAGAGCAAACUGUUCCACACUCUACUCAUGCCGUCCUAACACUUUCAGAACAAGACAUUUCAGCCACAGGUUUUAUUAAAGUGUCCAUUGUCAAAAAUAAAUAGUUAAAUGAGAUUUGGGUGGAGGAUCUCCAAUUUGGCUACAACUGACAACUAAUAUUUUUUUUCAAUACAUUCCACUUCACUGUCUAGUAAAGAAACUUUAAUGCUCAUCACAUCCAUAAAUGGUGUGCACAUGAGGACUGGUCCUUAACCCAGGUCAACUUAAAAGUGGGUUACAUAUUAAGGCACUGCUUAGAGAGGAGAGAGAAAAAAAAACAAAAAACCCACUAAAGCUGUAAAGGACAGCAUAACAAAGCAGUUUCAGUGUACAGAUCAUGCCUCUGCAGUCUCACUGCUUAAUUCUUCACCAUUUAGAUGUUCAAAUCACUUUUGGUUUGGUUUAUGGAACCAUAGUCACACCUCCCCUGGCUGUGACUCACAUUCAUUCAGAUGUUAAUUUACUUUAGAUGUUUGUAUCUCCUGCUCGGUAAAUUGAACUUGACACACAAGGCCCCUUGAAGGGUCUAGCAGGCCAUUAGAGCAGGAAAUAAGGCAUUCUAGAUUAAACAGACUGGGCAAUACAGGAACCUAAAAUAUCUAGGUUCUUUUUCAGGAAGUGUUUAGAAAGGCUAUGUAAGUCAUGCAGGGAGGUGUGACUAGGGCUGUAUAAAUAAAGUGAUGCAACUCCUAAAUUGCAGAGAAGUUAGCAGUGAAUCUGCAUUGGAAUGUUCUAUAUGCCAAUAGCUGAUUCCUUAAGCUAAACUUUUUUUGGUACUUAGUGUCUUUUUAAAGGACUACUCCAAGCACCUUAAAAGCUCCCGAGUGGCCAGUGAGAUCCAGGUAAGUUAUCAAACUGGUCUUAAACAGUUUAUCCACUUACUCUGGUAGGGUGCCAGCGCACUCCUUAACCUCUACAGCGGCUGUAGUUGGUUAUGGUGCUUGAAAAGUUCCCUUUAAUCAUCUAGGAAUUGUUAUAUGGAAAAAUAAAAUCACAAGCUCUAGCGAACUAGAUUGUAGUUAAAAAUUUAACUUUUUUCCUAAAACUUAAGCAUCCAAGCAUUCUCCUGAACGUAUGUUAAUUUGAGUGAGUACAACUCACGUUUUCCUCCUUUACAAACAAAACCAAUUCCAUAUAACCUUUUCACAUGUGUUAUACACAUUGCAUUUAUCUGCAUAACUUUACAAGUCAUGGUUUAAUCCAGAUGUGGCCUGCAUUUCUCCUCAUAUUUUCCCCAACAUUAAGGGAGCUGUAGUCCAACAUCUGGAGUGCUGAUGGUUGCUUACCACUUGUUUAAUGUAUGAACUCCAUAGUGUUCACACGUAUGUAAACUGUUAAAUGACAAAGUAAUUGCAAAUCCUGUGUAAAAUAGCCAAGCUGUAAAUGUUUGUUUGGAUCCUUUGAUUUAACCCCUUAAUGACAACUUCUGGAAUAAAAGGGAAUCAUGACAAUAUUUCCGUCAUGUGUCCUUAAGGGGUUAAAGAUUAUAUUUCCCUUGUCUGUUCGGUUUCCAGUUUAGUGAACAAAAAAACUAUUUACCUCGCUAUAUAUUCAGGUUCAGUGUAUUUAUGUGAGAUGUGUAGAAAGGAUAUACAAGGCUAAAAACCUAUCAAUUCGCACUGAGAAAGUUGGCAAAAAAAAAACCCCAUAGAAUAUCUGAUCACAAGACGCAGAGUGCCAAACCGUUUUUUUUUUUUAGUGUACAAAAUCUUAGCUUUCUUUCAGAUUUGCAGUUUACAAGUUCAAGCAGAUGAAUGUUCGUUUUAUGGAUGGAUUGUCUCUGCUGGGACCAAAUUUCCAGUUGUGUCUAGCUGCAUACAUUUACAAGAGCAUGCGGAUACUGGGCACUCUGUAUGGUCCCUGUAAAACAAAUACCCAGAACAAAAGUAUUUCAUUUUGAUUAAACUAUAUUACAAAAGAUAAAGACAUUUUAACAGAAACUUCAACCAACUUUUUAAUUUUAUUUCUACCCUCCCAAGGUC